CAUACCGACAUGCAUACGAGUCUCAUUCUGGUUUUCGCAUCAUAGGCAAGGGCGUGCAUGUAGAAAGCUGUGCAGUGAAUGGAAUACAGUGUUUUGUCAGGAAAAUAAUGGAAUGAAUAAUUCAAAUGUGUGAUCUAUUUGCUAUAGAUAAUCAACGCAUGUCAAUUGACGUUAGGCAAAAUAAAUAUUGUUUUUGUUUCGACAUAAGUGGUGUGCACAGAAAAGUUUUAUCAGUUUGUUAAGUGUUUCUUUUUCUGGACGGAGUUUUGUAAUAAAACAAAAGUAUUUUUUGUUUACCAAGAAAGCAUCGUAAAUCGCUAUAAUAUCAACACAGGAAAUUCAAGUUCGACUAAUUAUUUGCCUCUGCUUGGAUAUUUUUGGAGGAUUUUUAUGCGAAGUCCACAGGUUUUUAUGGGAUAUCACUAGGAGUUAUGUCUUAGAAAACCAGCAGUGAACGGCUUCGGAGAUUUCCCAAGAAAAAAAGAUAGUUUAUACAGUGGAACACGAAGUUAUUUGCGAUAACUGUUUGUGUGAUUAUCUCACAAGGGAGCAAGGACGUUCCGCGCUGCCUGAAAUCUCUGAUUAACAAAUAAAUCUCGUUUCUAGACAAGUUUCUUCGUUUCUUGAAGUGAGGUUUUUAUGUUUAUUUUAAUAAUGUGAUUGGUUUCUUUCAAAUAUUUCGGAAUUAAAUCCAAUUUAAUAUGUAAGUGAAACUAUGACUCUUGUACAUACAACGGUGGACUUUAAUCAGGGUAAUAUGGAUAGCCGAAGAAACGGGAAGCGCAAGCCCUACCAAGCACACCACCCCCAGGCGCACCAUCACCGGCGCAUGCGCCCGCAGCAGGAAGAGGUGCCACCGGAACCGGAAAUACAAAUCGAGGACUGCCUGAGUGCGGAACCCGUAGGCAAUCCUAAUGACCCGUUUGAGCAACAUUUCCUGAAGGCCGCUCUGGCAGCGCCGCCGGAGAAACACGGUCACGAACAUGAAUAUGGACAGAGGCACGCUAAGAUCAAAUCGUCUUCCUUUAGGAACGACAGACCUAAACCAGUGGUGGAAAGGCGCGAAAACGCUGAGUUAUCUUCCUCUGGAAACUAUUCAAGUUCGCCGAACCUUCUAUUCCCAAAAGAGGAGAAUCCUCACCACAGGACCCCAAGUCCACAUGGCCCGCGAGGCGAGGACGCGCCUCUUCGCCGAGUACGGUCGUUCAAAACGACGUCCAAAGGAGGUGUUAUCAAUAGAGGUGAUUCUUUUCGUAAAAAAAACAGCUCGCGUAAUCUUACGUCAGGCUCGCUAAACGAUUCACCGCAUCUUGCCAAUGCACAGACCCGCCACUCCCAAGCAGAAGUGGAUAAUAUGCGGGUCGACGAGCCGCUGUCCUCAUACUUCCGGGUGCAGCUUGUCGGAGCGCCCGGCUGCGGAAAGACGUCCAUUACCAACCAGUUCAUGUCCUCUGACUAUGCGAACGCCUACGACAGCAUGAAUGUCGAUGAAGAACAGACGGAGACGAUCCAGCCAGACGAGAAAAGUCACAAUUUGUGGGUUCUCCCAAACAUAUCUAUAUCUAUUGCUGAUGAUAUCGAGCGAACGGUGACAAUCCAGCUGGAUGGGGAGGAGUUUACCAUGGAAUUUUUAGACGCCUUGCCCUGGGACGACGAGGUCGAUCACGACAUUGACGUAACAGCGGACGCGUACGUUGUGGUAUACUCAGUUAUUGAUCGAGUGACGUUUGACGCGGCGGUACAGAGCCUCUACAAGCUCCGUCACGGCCUCGGCACUGACCGACCCAUCAUCCUCGUCGGUAACAAGAUUGACCUUGUCCGGAAACGCAAGGUUAAAAAAGAAGACGUGAACUCCAUCUCCAGGACGUACGACUGUCUCCAGUUGGAGACGUCGGCCGCCCUCAACCACCACGUGGACGAACUGCUGGUCGCCAUAGUUAAGCAGAUCCGCCACAAGCUCAACCCGGACGUUCACCCGUCCCCCGAGGGGUACACCGAGCCUGAGAUGCGAAAACGCGACUCAAAGGGCGCCACGGGCUUCUUUGUCAGGCUUUAUCGGCGAUUAAGCCGGAAGGGCCGGCCGAAGGGAAAAUGAGGUGGAUCUGUUAUCAAACGGAGUUGAUUAAAUGUGAUGUAGAAUUAAUAUUUACUUGUGAACUGUGCCCUUUCUGAUGGAAUAUCCAUUAUGUGAUCGUUUAAGUUCAAUCAAUAUAACUGUGCUUACUAUAUUCAUACAUUUUCGUGUCGCCAUUACCAUGUUUGUGAUCUGUGAGACGUCUGUGCUGGAAGUGUAUACAAGGCCUGUUGUGGAAUUGUCCAAUAUUCAACAAAAAGUGCGCUCAUCAGCGUCACGUGUUCCCGUCCGCUGCUUAUGAUCGCCCAUAUAUGUUUAUUACUAUGAUUAUAUAAUAUGCGUUUUUUUUUGUGUUAAGGACUGUAAAGCGACUUGAAACAAAACCUGUGCUCUGCCGUUUAUGGCGACGAUAGUACGAAAGGAACAAAAUUUACAACACUAUGGACGUGUUUUAACCUUCAAUCAGAUCUAAUACUUCAAAACCAGUACUUGUAAAGUGUAAAAAAUAAUUCGUUUAUCGUAAUUAUUCGUUUAUCGUUUCGUAAGCCUAUAAUAGAUACUUCCCAUAACGACACAAUAAUGUUAAUGCAGGUGCUUCCAUUUGAAGAUAAUGAAUAAAUAAAGAACAUCGA